AUGCAAGCCCGCCUCUCCAAGCUCCCCCAGCUCCCGCCCGAGCUGAUGGGCGAAGACGGCGACGAAGACGAAGAGAGCGCCGACUCGAUCGGCGCGCUGCCGUCGGCUUCUAUGGGUCCUCCCAGAUCUAAACCCCGCCAACCCCGCACCCCAAACCCCACCUUCACCCCCCUCCCCGCAUCCCCCUACUUCGCCCAAGCCCUCCAAAUCGCCGUCCCCGCCUCGCACCUCGACAUGCGCGCGUACUACACCCCGCCCAAACCGCGCACGCAAGACGAGCCCGGCAGCGUGCUCGUGUGCCAUCACGGCGCGGGGUUCUCCGGGCUGAGUUUCGCUUGUUUUGCUGGCGAGGUGGGGAGGAUGACGGGUGGGGAGGUGGGGGUGUUUAGUGUUGAUGCGCGGAGACACGGCAAGACAGUACCGACAGACGACACAUCAGACGACGAUCUCUCGCUCGACGUUCUAGUACAAGAUAUAGUCCAUCUCCUCCCCACUGCCUUUCCGGACCCUAAAUCGGCGCCGACGCUCUUCCUCGUGGGACAUAGUAUGGGCGGCGCCGUCAUGGUCCGCGCAUGCCCGGCCCUCCAAGCGCUCGGAUACCGCAUCGGGGGCGUCGCGGUGCUCGACGUCGUAGAAGGCUCCGCGUUGGAGGCACUACCAAUGAUGCCCACGAUCCUCGCCGCGCGCCCAACCGGCUUCGACAGCCCCGAAGAAGCGAUCGAAUGGCACGUCUCCGCCGCGCAGAUCCGCAACGCGACCUCCGCGCGCGUGUCCGUUCCAUCACUUAUUGUGCCCGCGCCGUCCGAUCCUAGUGCGCUGAGGGCGCGCGCGUUUACGUGGAGGACGCCGUUGGGGACGACUGGCCCGUAUUGGGAAAGCUGGUUCCGCGGCCUCUCGGCGUCCUUCCUCAGCGCGCGUACCGCGCGGCUGCUCGUGCUGGCAGGGACAGACAGACUGGACAGAGAGCUCAUGAUCGGGCAGAUGCAGGGCAAGUUCCAGAUGGAGGUCGUGCCCGGGACUGGACAUAUGUUGCACGAGGACGAUCCGGUGCGGUUGGCGGAGAUACUGGUCGAGUUCUGGAGGAGGAACGAUCGAGUCGUUAUCGGUGUUAAGAAAGUUGGGGAGUUGUGA